AUGGCAACGGCUUGGAUACCAAAUCCUGAGAUACCAAAUUCCGGUAAAAAACGGCAUCGAGCUGGUUCAAUUGUUAAGGAAUUUGGCUUGAAUACAUCAACACAUGGUAUACCAGGUAUAGCGCGUAGUGAAAGUACUCAUAACCGUAUCUUCUGGACUGCGUCUCUACUGAUAUUCUUUGGUGUUAUGGUUUAUUUUGUCACUGAAGCUAUUCUUGCAUAUUUUACUUAUCCGACGCAGACGUCUGUAUCGAUUAUUUUGGAAUGGCCACAAGCUUUUCCUGCAGUAACUGUUUGUAAUUAUUCUCCACUACGAUACGAUCGAUUUAUCGGACCGUUUUUAAACUAUACAAACAUGCGGAAUUUAACGAACACAACAGAUACAAGUCAUUUCACUGUUGAACAAUCGUACUACAUUCAGGAUUUCCUAACGUAUAAACUCAAUCGAAACGAAUCUCUGAAUGAUCUUUUCUACUCGCUUGAUUCUAUGAUGAUGUAUUGUAAUUACAACGGUAUGCCAUGCGAAGCAAGUAAUUUUACUUGGUUUAUGUCACCAAAUUUUGGUCUUUGUUACACUUUUAAUGCUCUUCUGAAAACGACAGGUCAAGAAGGUUUAAAAUACAAUGCCGAUAACGGGAGCAGUGGUAUUCUACAACUACGUUUCUAUGUACAUCAACAUCAGUAUGUGCCGCACCUAUCGAACGGUGUCGGUAUGGCAAUAUUAGUCCACGAUAACAUACAAUUACCACUAAUAGAAUUAGCUGCCAUGUAUCUUGCGCCAGGCAAGCAUCAUAGAUUGGGGUAUGCGAAGAAGAGUAGUAUAUUUUUACCUGCACCUUAUACAACAUGCAAUGAAAAUCUGAAUCUUGGUAUGCAAGUCAUGUUCAAUGAAUAUCAUGACACUGAUUAUGAAUAUGCAAUGUAUCCAUGUUAUUUAGCUUGUAUACAAGCCUACACAUAUAAAAAAUGCGGCUGUGGUCAUCCUUUUCGUUGGAAUGUUCGUUCGAUUAUCCUUCCUAAUACGGAUAAAAUCAUCAAUAUUCCACUUUGUGAUUUGAAAAAUCCAUGUUAUAACGAAGCGACAACAGAAAUUAUGAACACACAAAGCAUUUGGUCUACAUUCUGUCCUGAUUGUACACAAGAGUGCUCGUAUUCUGAGUUCACCAUCACAUCCAGCUCUCUCUCCGCACCGCCACAAUUCUUAAUGAACGAUAUCAAAGCCUUUGUUGAAUCAUCGCAAGUUCCAUUACCUGUCAAUUGGUCCACAACAUGGACAUCGGAAAUACAAUCGGGUUACGUAUCCUUAGAAGUUGCUUAUGAAACAACUCGUACGGAAGUUUACUCUCAACAGGCAACGAUCGGCGUCGUCGAUGUAAUCUCGAAUGUUGGUGGAAAUACAGGUCUCUGGAUUGGUAUAAGUUUUCUCUCAUUGAUGGAACUCGCUGAAAUGUUAUAUCGUCUUAUACGUUCUUUAUAUCAAGCCUCUCGAGAAGCAAAACGGACAGCUGUGGUUCAGUCAUAA